AACGUAUAUAUGUCUUAUUACGAAUAUUUGGAUUUUUUACGAUUGUAACGUAUUUUUCUACAAUUUUUGGAUUGUAACAGUCAUUUGACAAAUUUCAAGCAAAAGUUUCGUUUUAUCAUGAGUUAAUGCGUCAUAUCUAUGCAUUUAUAACGGUUAAACGCUUAUUUAGUUAAAUCGUUAACCACAACUUAGCUAAGUGUCUUAAAACUUAGCUUAUUAACCGUUAACAUUUCUACCAGGGUCGGUUUGUACGAUAACGAUAACGAUUUCGAAGACCUGCGGCAAUGGACAUGGAUUACUGGCGCCGCUGUAUCUUUUAGCCACUGAUGGUUCUUACGAAGUUUCUCGACGUGUAAGUCGUAUGUUCAGCUUGAAAAAAAAUCAUUUCAAGAGCUGUAAAAGUUUCUGGGGAAUUUCGUGUGUAUAGCGUCGAGAAUAAUUGCUAUGGAUAAUGAAACAGAGUAGCCUAUUAAUUAUUUAACGCGAGGAAAGAGGAUAGGGAAGCAACAUUAGGACCGCAAAGCUUCACCCAUAAAGGGCGCACUUGGAUGCAAAACUCCGCGCCGAUAUUAAUAUAUUGACGUGUGUAUUGACAGAAAAAUUUCGACGAAUCGCGAGCUCUAGAUAUACAUAAAUAUUAAUAUAUAUAGGUAUGCAAUUACUUAAGCACAUACUUGCUCGGCAUAUUGCAAAAAAAAAAUUAAUCGAGCAUCGAAAGCUCAUAAAAGAGAGUAUAGUCGUUGUAGAAACCCAAUAAACACUGAAAAGAUAGGGACAUCUGUAGGAUAUCAUUUUUCCGAUAUCUUUUCUACGUCAUCUCAUGGAUAUCUUGUUCUAAAUAAAGUUAUUGCGCCUCAAUUUAGAAGGUUAUCGUCAAGUUAUCUUUAAUAGUGUUGUCUUCUGUAUAACUAUAAUAUGUUAAAAAAUAGAUGUCUGAAAAUUUCUAAUCAAACACUAUCAAUCAUUUGAUGUCCAAUGGUUAUCGUUAAUUACGAUAUCGAUUAGGUGCCACAGGAAGUUUGCAAUAAGAUAUCGAAAACUUGAGAGACGUGAUAAAAUCAUAAUGAGAACGUUUGCGAUCGGCGAUCCCUUUUUUGAGUGCCGUAGAGAUACAUAACAAUGAUAACUGUGUAGUAGAUAUUUGGGUAGUAAACAAAAUGAUCAACUUGUUAUAUAUAAUAAUGAUGUUAUUGAUAAUGUAAAUGUAAAUCAAGUCAUCAACCCUAAUUCAUUUUCUAUCCCUGAAUUAUUGUUACCAUCAAAUAAUGUCAAAAGCAAGUCUGAGCAAUUAGUGGACUUUUUACGUUCAUGGGGUAAUAUGUGUUAUGUUCGUAAAUAUGCUAUCACAAUGCUUUUAAAAGGGUUGAAGAAUAUUCUUGAUAUAAAAGAACUUCCAAGCGAUGCACGUACGCUGUUGAAAACACCUAGAUCCAUCGAAAUUAUUGAAUUGGCUUCAGGAAUUUAUUCUCAUUAUGGGUUAGAAAAAGCUUUGCAUAAUCAAUUAGAAUCUAUAGAUUUAAAUGAAAUUGAUGGCAAUAAAAUUUUUGUACAAUUUAGUAUUGAUGGGUUGCCUUUAUCUAAAAGUAGUGAUACUCAGCUGUGGCCUAUUUUAGGGAAAAUAGUAGGUGUUGAAAAUAGUAAUGUUUUCGUUGUAUCUGCUUGGUAUGGUUCUGGAAAACCAUCAAGCGCCAAUGGAUAUUUGGAACCUUUUAUUCAUGAAUAUUUGGACUUAAACAGUAAUUUCGUUCACAGAAAUAUUACUUAUCUAGUGUACUUUCAUAGUCUUGUAGCAGAUACAGUUGCUAGAAACUUUGUAUGCUGUUUUCCAGCGCAUAAUAGUAGAUGUGGUAGGUGUAUCGAAACAGGAGAGACGAUAAAUCAUCGAAGAGUUUUUCUCGAAAUGGAUUCAACCCUUAGAAAUGAUAUAAACUAUCGAUUCAAUUUGCCUGUCCAAUAUCAGAAUGUAAUAUCACCAUUAGAGGGUGUUGAGGGUAUAAGUAUAACUAAGCAAGUUCCACUCGACCCUAUGCAUUUAUUUUCAGGUGUUAUGCUAAAAUUAGGUUUAAUUUAUUAUAACCAAUAUGGACAGGGAAUAGAUGCUUCAGUUAGACAGGGUCAGUUGAAUAGAACAUAUGUUCAAUUCAAUGAGUGGAUACCUGAUGAAUUUGUAAGGGGUACUCGCACUUUGGAUCAGAUUGAUAAAUUUAAAUGCACAGAAUUACGACUCCUUUUAAUGUACAUGGGACCGGUAAUUUUUGUAAACUAUAUUACUAAUGAGCAAAUGCAAAAUUUUAAUGCUUUAAAUUGUGCAGUUAGAAUAUUAAGUGAUUCAAGUGAGUGUAUUAAAAAUAAUUCUUGCGCAAAGAAUCUAAUGAUUUAUUUUGUUCAAACAAUGAUUGAAUUAUAUGGUAAAGAUUCCGUGAUUUAUAAUGUUCACAAUACAAUACACAUAUGGGAUGAUUUUUUGAAUUUUGGAGCUCUUAAUUCGUUUAGUGCCUACCCGUAUGAAAAUCAUCUGCGAACAUUGAAAAGAAUGGUUGUAAAAGGCUCUUAUGCAUUAAGUCAAAUAAUGAAUAAGAUAAAUGAAAGGUCAUUCAUUUCUUCUGCUACUGUUGAUGCUAACAAAUUAGGUAAAGAUAAAUUCAGACUCGUAGUAUGUUCAAAAAUUGUAUUCAAAAAUUUUAUUUUAAGUUGUCAAAUACCUAAUAACUGUUGCCUUAUGGAGGAUAAAAGUAUUGUAGUGAUCGAAAAAAUUUAUCAUCAUAAUAGUGAACCUGUUGUUUUAGGACGUAAAUAUUUAGAUAGUCAUUCUUUGGAUAAUUAUCCUAUAGACUCUAGGCUCAUUGGUAUAAAUAAAUCCAACCGAUUAUCAGAUCUUCAGGAAUGGACAGUGAAUGAAAUAAAAAAAAAUAUUUAAGAAUUUCUGCACAUAAUUAUUAUUAUCUUUUUCCAUUAAUCCAUACUUUUGUUUAAAUUAACAUUUACUUUUUGAAGAAAUUAAACAUAAAAUUUACAAAGUUACAAAUUUAAUUACAUUUAAAAUAAAUAAUUCUGAUUAUUGAAAAAAUACUGCAUAUUUUAUCCAUUAU